AUGGUUUCUGGUCGUUUGGGUGAUCCAUGUCCGUCGUAUGCUUGGUGGCGAGGCCUUCUCACUCGUAACGCGGACGCUCAAGGGCUUACGACUAAAUCUGCUUCGGCUUUGGCUCCUUUCGUUCUUCCGGAGUUGGCUACGUUGGAUACUUUCUUAGACCUUAUUGAAUCACAUUUCUCCAGUUCUACUGAAGAGGAGGAUGCACAAAAAGUAGAGAUCGUUCGUACCUGGGUACCUCUACAGGUACCCCCUCACUUCCCUUUUGUAGCCUCUGUAUGCCAUGCACCAGAUGGCUUAGUUCAGCGUUAG